AUGACAAACUUUCUGCUGCUAGCUUUGGCAUUUGGUCUGGCUCAUGCUAAUGAUUAUGCUGAGCUUCAAGGAAAUUGGGAUACCAUUGCCAUCGCUGCUGACAAUAAUGACAAGAUAAAGGAAGAAGGACCUAUGAGACUCUACGUUCGUGAACUUUCUUGUAAUGAGGACUGUAGUGAAAUGGGAGUCACAUUUUAUGUCAAUGCAAAUAACCAAUGCUCAAAGACCAAGGUCAUUGGGUACAAGCAAGCAGAUGGCACCUACCGGACCCAGUUUGAAGGUGACAAUAUAUUUCAACCUGUGUAUGCAACACCAGAGAACAUAGUCUUUACCAACAGGAAUGUGGAUAGAGCCGGCGUAGUGACAAACUUCAUUUAUAUUGUUGGAAAAAGUAAACAUUUGACACCUGAACAACAUGAAAAACUUGUGGAAUAUGCUCGUGAAAAGAAAAUUCCAGAAGAAAACAUUCAUAAUGUUCUUGCUACAGUCCGACCUAUGGUGCAUUACAUUGAUGAAUUUUCAUAUGAUGAAUCGUACCUGCCUCCCUGGGAUGAAGCCGAAUCAAUGAUGGUGGAUGAUUUCUCUCAUGUGUUCAUAGAUUCGAUUUAA